AUGGAGCGAUGUGCCUAUCAUAGAUUUCCGUUAUUGAAUGAUUCAAUAAGUUCGUCGCUACCAGCGCAAGCCUGCGACUCUUUUGAUGAGCCUGUCGCCAACCCGCUUCGCAUAAAUUUUACCAACCGCAGCGGGAAGAGAUUUUGGAGCCUUCUUUUGGGGAAAUUUCGCUCCUUCAGCCUGUGGGAGUCAACUCAAUGCCGCUCGAAGCGCGGCAAAGGCGACGACUUGUCGCCAACGCCGGUUGCGGGAAUCCGUUCGUUUGUCGUGAUUGGAGCUGUCCUCGCUACAGUGUUUGUCGCUUCGUUAACAGCCAUCGGGGGAGUCGUUCAGCUUCCGCUCCCGCAGAACACGCAGGGUUCGCGGAACCUUCUCUCGUCGCCGGGUGACGUCACAGUAGAGCUCAUUAGCACCGACUGGAAAGGACACGAGGAGGGUAUCGGCGCCGGGAAAGGCGCUGUGGAUGGCGGGAACGUGAUCCAUGUCGUCGAAAGCUGGCGAGGCGCGUUUUCCGGGGAGUCUGUGGCUGUGAAAGAGGUUCGAGAAGUCCCGCGGGAAGCGGAACGGCGGAAAGGCAAGCGGGGAAAGUGGAAGUCCGGGGAAAAGCGAGGGGAGGUUGCGACUGUGGAAGACGGCCCGCGGGAAGCGAACCGUCGAGGGAAAGGCAAGCGGGGAAAGUCGCGGGUGGGGGACAAUCGAGGGGGGAAUAUGGCGGGAAAGGGGCGCAUGGGUGAUGAGGGUGGCAAAGGGGAGAAAGGAGUGGUUGUUGAGAGGAAGGAGAAGGGGAAAAGGAAGAAGCGGGAAGAAAAGAUGUGGCACGCCGCAGACCAGCACGCGGCGGGAGAGCAGCUGGAGGAAGGAGGACGUAAAGGUGGGAGCGAUACGCGGCAAAUGGAGGAGGUUGAGGGGAAGGCGGAGGGGGCUGCUGGCGGGCAGGAGGGGCAACUCAGCAGCGCAGGGGCGCAGGCAGUCGAGGCGGGUGGAGAAGCGCGGGUUGUGGCACAGGCGGAUGCGACAGUCGAAGCGGAUGUCGCAGGGGAAGCGAAUGUCGCAGGGGAAGCGAAUGUCGCAGGGGAAGGAGAAACUGCGGGAGAUUCAAAGGCAACAGAAGAAGCGGCGGCGGCGGCAUCUGCGGGUGGAAUUAGCGCCGCUGCUGUCAUUGCUGUGGCCCAGGGCAACCUAGGCGCGCGCCUGCAGGCGCUCUGCCUUGCGCCCGCCGUCCGCGCGGUUUGGGGCGCGCGCGCUCUGGGGGAAGCAGACGCGGGGAAGGCGGAAGGAGUUAAGGCGGGGGAGGUGGCCGUUGUAUGGAGUGACUCGGCUGUUGCGGACGCUGGCGGCAGUCGCAAGAAGCGACCCGCAGGGGAGGGGUUCUUGGAUUUAUUUGACGGGUUUCCCAGUGUAGACGCAUUAGGAUUAGACGAGAAGGAAAAGGCUGUUUGGCCGAGUGUGACUGUAAUGGAAGCAGCCUCUGCUGCUCCUCUAAUAGAGUCACGGAAAGUGGUGCAAGUGUCCCUGCCGGCUUGUGUAGACGAAGGGUCAGAAUCGGCCAAUGAGAGCACGACAAGUGGUAGCAGCAGUAGCAGGGCUGAGGUGCCUGAGUUGACUUUGUCGCUGUGGGUACCUACUGAACUAAUCCACGUGGCAAGCAGGGAUUGGCCCUUUCUUCCCACCUUUCUCCGACCCCUCACCUGUCCCCUCCCCGCCCCCCCCCCUCCCCUCCGCGUCUCCCCCCAGACCCCCCCCAAGGCAUGUUCCGCCCUCCGCCUCUUCCAGUCGUGCCUGGGCGCUCUCCAGCCCUCGCCACGUGUCAGCAGAUUACUGGAGGAGGGGGCGCUUGGGGAAACGGGAGCAGCGUCUGGGAGCCCUGAGGGGGAGAUUAAGGAGGGUGGGGGAAGAGGGGUAAAGAGGGGAUUUAGGGAGAGACUAGCGCGUAGCACGGCGGUGUAUCUGGAAGCCAAUCAGGUGAUGCCAGGUGGCACGUGCGGAGGGUGCCCCGAGGACCCUCUACUCAACUGCACGCUUCGCACGCUAACGUGGCGCUACCUGCACGUGCCGUCCAACUCGUCUGACGUGGACUUCACUGUAGCAGCUGCCUCUGCUACAGACGCUGCUACACUGUGGCCAGCUGGAGAUACGCGGCGGGCAGAUGAUACAUGCAUACGUGCAUGUAUUCAUCUGGCGGAGCUGCUGCUGCUGUCGUGGGCUCGAGGGCUCAUCCACUCGCGGCCAUCUGUAGAGGCGCUCUUCAUUGCCGCGCAGGGAAGGCGGCACCGGGCGAGCCAAUCCUACAUUGGGGGGGGGAAUGGGGCCUCUGCAGGGGCGGUUACAGCCCCCGUGGCAGCUGCAGCCUCCCCUUUAGCAGCUGCGUUUGCGGUGGAGGAGAGUGUGUGCGCUGCCCCCCGUGCGGCUGGGUUUGUCAACCAGAAGUUCCUGCAGCAGAUGCUCGUCGAUGAGGAGCUCGAGACAGUGUACUGCUCGGUGCCAAAGGUUGCUUGCACGAGCUGGAAGGAGUGGUUCCGCGAGCAACUAUACAAGCGGCUCGGCGGCAACAAGUCACCCACAGUGCAGCGGUUCGCACGCAACUCAGUGCACAGCCCACUGCAGAGCGGGCUGAGCAUCAUGGGGUACGGGUUUGCGGAGCACGAGAACAUCCGCCUCCUCACGCGCCCCGACUUCUUCAAGUUCUCGUUUGUACGCAACCCGUUUACGCGGAUUGCGUCGGCGUAUUUGAACAAGCAUGUGAACGGGGGAGGCAUGCACGGCCGCAAGUAUUGGAACGAGCGCUUCUUUAUGGGAAUCCCGGCGUACAGCACGUUCAUAAAGAGUCAGAACGGCAGCGACUUCAUUCCCUUCUCAACCUUCAUGUCGUUCCUCCAGCGACAAGCCACACGCUGCAUAGAGUGCAUGGACCCCCAUGUCCGCCCCCAGAUCGAGCUGUGCAAGAUGGAUGCGAUCCGAUAUGAUUUUAUCGGCCGGUUUGAGAAUCUAGAGGAGGAUGUGGCAAAGGUGAUGCGACAUUUUGGGAAGGAGGAAAAGAAUCCUUUCCAUGAUGCCCAUUGGGCACACCCAACUAAUGCUUCAGCUAGGCUUCUCGAGCUGUAUGACAAGAGUGCAUUCGAGGAUGGUACAGCCGCAUACAGAUCAGAUUUCAGUGUUCCCCUGAAUGAUUUAGAAUAUGGACCACCACAAACUCUAGUGGACAAGUUUGAGCCUAAGAGCAAAAGAAAUAAGAUUGUGUAA